ACAGGAGAGAUCAACAAGUAGUAUUUGAGCAUCAUGGAGUUUUUAGGUUCUACUUUAACGGCAACUAAUGUCCACCCAAGAGCAACACCAACCAACUUCCUACCAGCCAUCAGUACCAUGGCAUCAAGCUAUAGGGACCACUUCCCCCACUACAAUUUGACCCAUAGCUUGAGCCUUCCUUGGAGACCAAGCACAUACUACAAAGUGGCCUCCAACUUGCCGAGCUUGGGCCCCUACUGCACCAGAUCUCAGAGGGUGUCGGAGAGCACCAUGCUCCCCUUUGUUUCCAACAGAACCACUCUCUUCACACGGUACACUCCUGAUGAUUGGUAUAGGUCCAAUUUAACCAACUAUCAAGAAUCCAACACGUCCCGACAUAAUUCAGAGAGACUGAGGGUAGAUACAUCUCGCCUGAUUCAAGACAAAUAUCAACAAACAAGAAAAACUCAGGCAGACGCCACCCAAAAUUUGGGAGAACGAGUCAAUGACAUAGGAUUUUGGAAAUCUGAAAUCAUUCAUGAGUUAGAUGCAAUGAUUGGAGAGACAAAUGAACUGACUGAUCUUAAGAAAAAAUUGGAGAGAGCUUUGAUGGAGUCAGAAGCCCCUCUUCAGGUAGCUCGAGAAUGUCUGUUUCAUCGAGAGAAGAGAAUGGGCAUUGACCUAGUUCACGAUGAGGUAGAAAAAGAACUGCUGACGGAAGUUGAUACUAUUCUGUGUUGUCAAGAAAGGAUGAAGCUCCACUUGGAUAAGGCCAUUGCCCAACUUGCAGCUAACAGAGCCGCCCAGCACGAGCUGGAGAAGGACCUGCAUGAUAAGCAGGCGGCAUACCAGAUCGACGACAAGUGUCACCAUCUGCGGAACACGUCGGACGGCAUCAGCUACUUUCGUGGUGUGGAGAGGGUCGACGCGACGGUCUCGGUGCCCGAGUCCUGGGCCAAAUUCACAGAUGACAAUAUUCUUCGCUCUCAGAGUGAACGAACAGCCUCAGCCAAACUAAGAGAUGACAUUCAGAACCUCCUGGUCGUGACCGCCAAUGAGAUGUGGAAUCAGUUCAACAAGGUGAACUUGGCCUUCACGAACCGCAUCGCCGAGACUGCAGAUGCUAAAAACAAGAUUCAGGUUCACUUAGCAAAGACACUGCAGGAGAUUUUCCAGACUGAAAUGACCAUCGAGUCCAUCAAGAAGGCCAUCAGGGACAAGUGUGCCUUCCUGAAGGUGGCUCAGACCAGACUGGAUGAGCGGACGAGGAGACCGAACAUAGAGCUGUGCAGAGACAUGGCCCAGUUACGCCUUGUCAACGAGGUGUACGAGGUGGACGACACCAUCCAGACUCUGCAGCGGCGCCUGAGGGAGGCCGAGGACACCCUGCAGGCCCUGGUCCACACCAAAGCCACCCUGGAGCACGACCUGGCUGUCAAAGCCAACUCUCUGUACAUCGACCAGGAGAAGUGCAUGGGGAUGCGCAAGAGCUUCCCCAACACCCUCCGGCUGGUGGGCUUCUGCUAGGGACCCGGAGCGGUUUCCUUACUCCUCAGGAAAGAGAAACAGAGCCCUGUCGCAGCCCUGAGUGCUGCUGCGUUCACUUAUUAAAGGAUCGUAUUGA